GUUAGUACAACGAAUGAAAAUUAGAUCACCUUCAGAGAAGUUGAGAAGUUUCAAAGUAACGAAAAUGUCUACAAUAUCAAGUAAUCAAAGAAAAGUAAUGGGAGCUUUGAUACUGAAAAAGAAAAUGGAAAAUGGCGCCAGCUGGGUAACAAUGACUGAAUAACGUGGAAAGCUCAUUGUCUACGUAGUACCAGAGCUUGACAAAAGAUGGCGUUAUUGAUACUCUUGAUGAUCGCUUUUGCAAGUGCUUCUAAUACGAGAGGGGAGAUGUCGCUGGCGAAUGUAACAAGAUUUGCUAAUGGAGAUCUAUUUUCUUUAGUUGGAACAGACUGUGGCUUGACUCGGUGUAUGGAAGUGUCCCAUGGGACUGCGUUGGCCGCCAUGGGAGGCGGCGGUGGCUGCGUCUGCCAGUGUAGAAGAGAAACGCCUGCUUUUAGGGAGGAUCGCAGAACUUGCGUUAACUACAUUGACGAAUGCCCAAUGGCCAGCUUCGGACGUGGAGCGACGAAACCGCAAAUACCUUUCGUCUUUCUACCACUGAAAGGGCAGAUCAUCUAUCCUUCCAAAGAAAUCAUUUUCACGGACGUGGAAGAUGCAAUCUGUGCAGUGACCAGUGCACAAUACCUAUCACCAUCGGGCUGGGUGACGCUCCGAGAUCUAGUGGACAACGACGUACCUUUCGGGCUGUACCGUGAUGAAGGCAGCACUUACUUGCAGUGGCGAGGUUCUCCGAGUCUUCACACGCGUCUGGAAGGACGCCUUGUGACCGCUCAUGUGUUGUGCUCAGCAUCCAAACCUACUCACCUUGCUGCUUCAUGCGCUGCUUUCCGUAUCGCUGGAAUAACUCGCCAAACUCUACUAGAUGUUAGGUCAAUACCAUUCCAUGCUGGAGAAACGGUCACGGCAGAGCCAGCUGGGCAAAGUCAAGGCCUUAGUGUUCUAGAGUCACUUGCAAUUGGCGUCUGCGUCUUGAUGAUUGUCUUCGUCUACGCCGCUGGGAUCAUCUUCUUCAUCCACUAUAAGCAAAAGCAGAGAAGAAAGUCCAAAGACCCUGAGCUGAAUGAUUCUCAUACUAAUUCUACUGACAAUGGAUCUACCAUGGAUUCACAUCUGGGCAUGGAUAAUAUGAUAAUGAAAACCAAUCCAUUGAUGAACUUGGAAAACACAAGAAGUGAUUACACAACUGAUGCAGGUCUAUCCGAUGUGAGCGAACAUACAGAGGAUACAUUUGAUUCUUCGUCGCUCAAAACACAACAGUUUCAGGAUCGGAAUUGUAAUGUAGUAUCUGCAGUAAUACAUUCGAGACGUAAAAAACCAUCAAGACCCUCAAUAAGACCAUCUUCGACUCCAGAGCGUGUCAAUGAUAGGAUCCAAAGACGAUCGUCUUCACCUGAACUUGAAAGGGCUCCACAUUCUGAUCUGUCAAUACUUCACUGUAGUGUAGAAAAUGAUGACUCAGAGAAUUCACCACUUCCACCUGAAGGAGAACCAAUUAUUAGAAGAAAAUUGUAUUUUAAUCCAGUAUUUUUUGAAAUAGAACACUUGAAGAGUCCUCCGCCAGCAGCUGUCGACUUUUUAACCAAAUUAAGGGAAGUUAUGUCCAUUGCUAAGGAAAAGAUGAUAUCAAAGAGGUUCAUUCCUAUAUUAUCUGAUAUACCAGAAGAAGAAUCAUAUCACACAGUAGAUCUUGGUUGGGAUAUUCCUUGCGCAAGAAGAGGUAGAAGAUUUAGCGCCAUAAGUUUAAAGCGAGAAAAUAGCCGGCGCACUAUUCUAUGCGGAGGUUGUCCCGGAUGUAACAGUAAUGAACGAGCCAAGAAAAAUGCUAGCUUAAUUAGAUCUAAUUCGUGUAAAACUUGUGUUAGUGAUGAUUAUAAACAGAAGAUAGUUCAAAAAUGGUUAGACGAAGUCCCUACACCUGCCACUGCAACUAGACCCGUUAAAUCAAUAGCCAAGGUUAGUGGAACACCAAGAGUUAUUGAACCCAAAGAAAAAGAAGAAGUUAGGAUUAGUUUAGUAGAACCAGUGCGUAAUGAAGAACCAGAGACUGUUCAAAUUACUGAAUCAAUUUUAACAAAAUAUAUUAAUGGUAUAAAUUUAAAAAUCGAAGAUAGUUUUGAAAACGAAAUAAUCCAGGAUCAAAAAACUUCUCAAAACACUAUUGUCUUAUCAACUGCCACUAACUCUCUAGAACGAAAGAGUCCUUCAAAUUAUGGUACUCGACUAGUUAGAAAGAAUUUGCCCCCACCACCUCCUCCUCCGAUCGAAUUCUCAGAUAUUAGUGACACAAAAGAGCCAGUGUCUCCAGAAGUGAAAAGAAAAAUGCAGGCAGUUAUACGUGAAUUAAAUAAAUGUCGUCGAGUUGAAGAACCAGAUAAAUUUUAUGAUAUCCUAAAGUCACCUACUAUGGUACCCAAAUUAGUGAUACCAGUCGUCGCUGCAGAUUCAAUUUAUUUUAAUGACACUAAUAGGCUUUAUGAAGAUCGUAAAAAGGAUUCAGAAAAUGUAAAUAAUGUACAGUUUGAUAGUUUGGAAAGAAAUAUGCCAAAAAAGAGAAGAUUUUCCUUAGACUUUGCGGCGCAACCAAAUAAGAAAGACAUGUCAACUCUACAAAACACCAAUAUAACUCGCGAUAGAAGAACACAAAGUUGGCGUGAUUUAAAAAUUACUUCAACUGGAAAUUCUCAGCAAACAAUAACAUAUAACUGUGAUAGUAGAAAAAAAUAUAACUCCAAUAAUGAUGUAUUCAUAAACUCUGUAGAACCUAUAUAUAAUAACAUCGAAAAUCUUGGUCCUCUAACGAUUGAAGUUCGAGGUUCUCCUGUAGACCAUAGGCAGAAGAUCAAUGAUGAUUUUGAUCCUGAUACUCUUGAUAGAAAACCUAAAAAGUCCAUGGAAGAAACCGAAACUAAAAAAUGCGUCGAAAGAAUAGUGCUCAAGUCUGGUGGAAGUUUUAAAUAUAAACUUGUUCUUCCUGAAACUCAACAAAAAAGAAGUCCACCAGAAGAAGCAUUUACGAGAAAAAUUGGUAGCUUAAGGCAAAUUUAUGAAGCUCGAACUAAAGCUCAAAAUGACAUACGAUUUUAUGCAAGACGUGGUAGUGUACCUAAUGGUACUCAAGAAUUGGCAGCUUAUAUAAAGAAUUUGGAACAACCUAGAAACUUAGACAAUCCAUUUGAUUUCAAACCACCUGUACCACCUAAACAAAAACGUGCGGAGUUCUAUACCAAAGGAAAUACACCCAGAAAUAGUCCUCCAAGUGAUCGAUACCGCUCAUCAGAAGAGAGAGAUAGAUUCCCACCAUAUUCAAGAAGUGACGAAAGAAGAAGUGAUAUAAAUGCAAGACGCUCUGGAAGACGAUCGGCUAGAACAAGACCCAGGCGAGUUGAUAUAAGAAAACUUUGCCGAACUGAAGAUUCUGGUUAUUUAAGUACAGAUUCGAAUGAAUCAAAGCGAAGAGCUAGAUAUUUAAUGCAAUUGAAACCAAAAUUAGUUCCCCCAGAACCUAUUCUAAAAAUGCCUGCAAACAAAAUAAAUAAUUUACAUAUAGAUACAGACACAGAUGAUUUGGAAUCAUUGUGUGACGGACGAAGUGAAUCUGGGGGAGAAAGUGUAGAAACAGAUUCGGUAUUCUUUGGCAAUUUUAAUGAUUCGAAGCAUAUUUUCGAAGAAUUAGGUUAUGGGCGUCGGAAUAAGCUAGGUCGCAGUCAAGAGCAAAUAGAUUCUGGUUUUGCUGGUGAAACCAAUAUAAUAGUAAGUGGAGACAGUGACUCUGAACAUAAAAGUGUUAUUUCUAUUGUAACUGGACACGACGGGAGAGCUUCGGCUGCCUCAAUUACAAAUUUAGACGAUUCGCCAUAUGUACAAUCCGUGGAAUGUUAGUAAAAUUUGUUACUUAAAAUAAAGCCAAAUCAUAAAA